CCAUGGACAGGCGGGGAGGCUGCAGCGCUGCGGGGAUGCGGGCAGUGGAAGCUGCUUUAGCAGCGGCUGCAAAUGAAGAACCACAACCCCGGGUAGGGGGAAGGCGGGGUACCCGGAGCCCGGCAAGCUCUGCAGGGACCCCGGGCACAGGCAAGGGCAGCCCAAAUGGAGAGUGUCGGAGGGAACUCUCCGAGACGCCGCCCCGGGAACACAAGGUGUCCUUCUCUACCGAGCCUCCGCGGGGGUCCUCCCCCGGGAAGGAACCCGAGGAAGGGGAUGAUGGGGAGCCCCGUACUGGAUUCAUGCACCGCCAGCUCUCCGCCAUGCUCCAGCCUGGGGUCAACAAGUUCUCCCUACGAAUGUUUGGGAGCCAGAAGGCGGUGGAGAGGGAGCAGGAAAGGGUGAAGUCCGCGGGGGCCUGGAUCAUACACCCCUACAGCGACUUUAGGUUCUACUGGGACUUCACAAUGCUACUUUUCAUGGUGGGUAACCUUAUCAUCAUCCCUGUGGGAAUCACCUUCUUUAGAGAUGAGACCACCACACCAUGGAUUGUGUUUAAUGUGGUUUCAGAUACCUUCUUCCUCAUAGACCUUGUCAUGAACUUUCGAACUGGCAUAGUGAUUGAGGAUAACACAGAGAUCAUCUUGGACCCUCAGAAGAUCAAACGCAACUACCUUCGUACAUGGUUUAUAGUGGACUUUGUGUCCUCCAUUCCUGUGGACUAUAUCUUCCUUAUUGUUGAGAAAGGCAUUGACUCUGAGGUUUACAAGACUGCACGGGCCUUACGGAUUGUGAGAUUCACCAAGAUUCUAAGUCUGUUGAGGCUGCUCCGGCUCUCCAGGCUUAUUAGAUAUAUACAUCAGUGGGAAGAGAUUUUCCACAUGACUUAUGACCUGGCCAGCGCUGUGAUGCGCAUCAUCAAUCUAAUUGCUAUGAUGCUGCUGCUCUGUCACUGGGAUGGGUGUCUCCAGUUCCUUGUGCCGAUGCUGCAGGACUUCCCCAGUAACUGCUGGGUAUCCAUCAAUCGCAUGGUGAAUGACUCCUGGAGCGAGCUGUACUCUUUCGCUCUGUUCAAGGCCAUGAGCCACAUGCUGUGUAUUGGAUAUGGGCGCCAGGCUCCUGAGAGCAUGACGGACAUCUGGCUAACCAUGCUGAGCAUGAUUGUGGGGGCCACGUGUUACGCCAUGUUUAUUGGACAUGCAACAGCACUUAUUCAAUCUCUUGAUUCCUCCCGAAGACAGUAUCAAGAGAAGUACAAGCAGGUGGAGCAGUACAUGUCAUUCCAUAAGCUGCCUGCUGAUUUUCGCCAGAGGAUUCAUGAUUAUUACGAGCACCGUUAUCAGGGAAAGAUGUUUGAUGAAGACAGUAUAUUGGAGGAACUGAACGAGCCUCUGCGGGAGGAAAUUGUGAAUUUUAACUGCCGGAAGCUGGUAGCAUCCAUGCCCCUGUUUGCCAACGCUGACCCCUGUUUUGUUACCGGCAUGCUGACUAAGCUAAAGUUUGAGGUCUUCCAGCCUACCGAUUACAUCAUUCGUGAGGGAACCAUCGGCAAGAAGAUGUACUUCAUCCAGCAUGGGGUGGUCAGUGUCCUCACCAAAGGCAACAAGGAAGUGAAGCUCUCUGAUGGUUCCUAUUUUGGAGAGAUCUGCCUGCUGACUCGAGGCAGGCGCACAGCUAGUGUCCGUGCUGAUACAUAUUGUCGACUGUAUUCACUUUCUGUGGAUCAUUUUAAUGAAGUUCUGGAAGAAUAUCCCAUGAUGAGACGUGCUUUUGAGACAGUGGCCAUAGACAGACUUGACAGGAUUGGAAAAAAGAACUCUAUUUUGAUGCACAAGGUCCAGCAUGACCUAAACUCUGGUGUCUUCAACAACCAGGAAAAUGAAAUUAUCCAGGAGAUUGUCAAGUACGACCGAGAGAUGGUACAACAGGCAGAACUUCACCAACUAGGUGGUGGGAUGUAUGCCACCUGUGUCUCCCCACCACCCCAGCCCCAAGUCACCUCUGCCAUUGCCACCUUACAGCAGGCAGUAGCCAUGAGCUUUUGCCCACCCAUGGCAAGUCCCCUUGUGGGAUCUCCCCGUAUAAUGAGGCGGCUUCAGUAUGCUCCAGGAGGGAGUGGUGCCUUUUCUGUGUCCCCUGGCCUUUUCCAGCCUCCUCUGCAACUUUUGCAGCACCAUCCACCCCCUCACCAAGUUGUGCGUCAACCCCCUGCUGCUGUACCUAGUCCACCUUCCCAGUCACCACGGGUAUCCCAGAACUUUGCCUAUCCUGCAAAGGGGCAGACUGGCUCCCAACUUUCCCUUGCCCAGUCUGUGACUUCCUCCUCCCCUCAUCGGCUUUCUGUUCACAAAAGCACCCACUCCUUGCACUCGGCCACUCUCACCCGUGAGUCUCGUCCACUUUCUGCUUCACAGCCUUCACUCCCUCAGGGAGCAUCACAGCUUCGUAGCCCUCCAGCUCCUGCUACAGUGGUGGGCAGCUUUACUUCCCCUGGUGGUAAGGGAGUACUAGUGGCUCAGACUGGCUCAAGGGGCCCAGUUCCUGCUCGAUUGGCUCUCUCCCACCAGUUAUCUUCAUCUGGUUCUGUUGGGGGAGCUUCAGACUCUGUGGGUGGAGCUCCAGCUGGGGGCAGGAAGGAUUCUGUAGUCAGUGCCCCAGACACUGACCCAGUGAGGGGAAGGCUUUCAGCCAACUUGUGACAGUCUGAAAGAUAAUACACCCAUUCUCUGAGAUGGGAGUCAGGAAACUGCUAAUAGGGCAAUAAGGAGGCGAGAUGGUAGAAUCAAAAUGUGCCACAGUAUCUGCCACUCAAAUACAAAUGCAGUGAAAAGGUAACCAUUAAUAAUAUAUAGGGAGUUUCCUUCCCUCAUUUCGGUUAAAUCAGCAGUGCCACCUAAUACACAACUCCUCCCAAGCAGGGAAGUGGUGGUACUGCUCCACACCUGGGAAGAGCUCCGCAGGAAAACAGCAGCCAUUAAUUAUGUUAUAAAAAUAUUAGAAAGGAAGCAGAUUGCUAUAUUUUAUAAUAGUGUUGUUGUUUUUAUAUAUGUAGAACAUUGGUAAGAAUGACAUUACAGAUUCAACAGCAGGUACUAGGUUGAGCAUUGCUUGGUUCUGAUUCACAGAAACCACAACUAUUCACAAAGCAAGAACAUCACUGCAUAAUGUUCAUCUGUUCCUUUUAACAAACAAAUGUCAUUGCUAAAUAAGGGUUUGGCAGCUAAUUUUAAAAGCUGUGUAAGUAAAUCACAAUUGGAAGAAGUGCAACUAUCCCAAUUUUGUUAUUUCCAAACAUAUACAAUUAGUUUCCAUUGGUCUAAAGAUUUGCAGACUGCAGGCGGUUUGCGAUGGAGCUUACGUCUCUUACUCAUGUAGACAGCGUUAUGCUUCAGGGUCCUGUCUGAUAAACAUUUCUUACAAAAAUGCAACCCAUUUAUUAUAUAAAACCUUAUUUAAGGAGUUUAUAUUAUGGAUUUUAAAGUUGUUUACAUAGCCUUGGCUUAUCCCAUCUUGUUGGAAGUUGCCUUGCAAGGAUUAGGUAGUCUGUAUUGAACAAAAAAUACUUGUCUGAAUUACUUAUGAUGCAGUGCUACCAUCUGAUGUUUGCGACAAAGCUGACACUGCCUUAUAAAAAAUUGGUGACAGCUUUAUUUAUAAAAUUAUUCAAUAGAGCUAAACGGGAUGGCUUGACUAGAGGGAAACAAACUAUUCCAAAGAAACCAAAAGAACCAAAUGUGUGCAAUAUAGAGUUUAGUUACAUUUGGUCACUUGGGAGGCGUUGCACGUUUCCAAAUCACUGCUGUUUUAACUGUGGUGAGGUGGAGGUCAGUGCCCUGUUGGUGCCCUUCCACCUCCACAAUGUACACUAUUAGCUUAAAAGUGGCCAUUAGGGAGAGGAGCAGAUUCUGUUCACCAAAGCUUGCUCUAAUAUCCCACUGCUGACACCAACUGAGCUCUUUGUCCAUCCCAUGGAUUGUAUUUUAGAAAGCCAUAUUGUGUAUUUCACACAAUUGUAUAUUAUGAUAUAUAUCUAUUAUCUGUAUUUUAUGCUGUUAUAAAGCAGGGGAAAGGGAGGAUCCUAUAGAUUUAGUGUUCAAUCUUAGCCUACAUAAUCAAGUUUAAUAACUGCAGUGACCAUGGGAAAUUGUCGCAAAGCACAUUCUGUCCUUGCUUUUCAUUAGAGUGCUGCAUAAUGUUGCAUCCUAGAGGGGCAGCCUGAUAUAAAGUCAUAGAAAAAAAUCAAUUUGUCUCUGGAUUGGAUGAAUAUUUAACAGGAAUAGCUGUGCCAAUAAUACAUUACUACAAUGGCGUUGUGUUCCUGUUUUUUUUUUUUUUUUAAAAAGUUCUCUAAUAAAUUUAUCUAAAAUGUAGCUUGUUUCCUAAAAAAAGACUGCCCCCUUAGGCUGCUUAUUUUAAAAAACAAAAUACAGGGAUUCACAUUUAUAUUUUUAGAGGGCGGAAGACUUCCAUGGGGGAUUACAUGUUCUAAAAUGUGGGGGAAGUUGUCCCCUUGUCUCCCUGGUGCCUGCAACCAGUUUUGGCACCCUAAUGAAUGUAUUUGGGGACAUGGAGGCAUUGGUUGAUUUGGGGAAAUAGUGUCUCCUGUCUUUCUUUUCAGAAGCUGCACUUUACCAAGCAAAAUUAUUUCAGCUUCUGUGUGUGUGCAAUAAACAGAUUUUUCUGAAA